GGCGGGGUGGUGUGACCUCUGACUGUCACUGUCAUCUGGCCCUUCUUUCUAAAGUCCCUGGCAAGGGCAUAGGUGGUGAGCAGGGGAGGGCUCAGCUCCAAGAGGCCUUUCCCUCCAGAGGCCUGGGGUGCCAAGUACAGCGGAACAGCGGCACAGAGCCCCCAGCAAUGUCGCUCCUGAGACACGGGCUCCAGGCCCUGCCCCUCUGCCUCUGCGUCCUGGUCCUGACCUGCGCCAUGGCACACACCUCAGCAGAAGACCUGAGCCCCAAGACAGACCCUGAGGAGAGUAGCUGGGGCCUGGGCAGGCUGAAGGGGCUGAUGGAGCCCAUGGUGACCAGGACCAGAGAGAGGUGGCAGUGGUUCUGGAGUCCUGGGACCUUCCGAGGCUUCAUGAAGACCUACUAUGAGGAUCACUUGAAAGACCUGGGUCCCCGCACCCAGGCCUGGCUUAUCAGCUCCAAGGACAGCUUCCUGAACAAGACCCGCAGCCUGUGCCCCAGGCUCCUCUGCAAGGACUCGGCCCAGGACUAGCGAGCUCCUGCCGCCCCUGCCCACAAUAAAGCUUUCUUACCUGUCCUGGA